AUACGGGUUUCCUCGGUUCGUGCGUGAAAAAUUGCGAGUGUCAAUUCGUGUUUUCGCAUUUUGUGGUUAAUUAUGACGUCCUCAACGUCCGGUAUUUUGCCUUCUUAUCAACGAAUCGUGAAUGGUGUGCCGUCACAGCUGUUCUCCCGACGGUCCUUUCGUCCUCGCGAAAAGUACCUGAUCCUUCUUGUGUUUUUGACGUUCGGUGUCGUUUGUUUCGGCGCGUUUUUCUUCUUACCCGAUUUUCGAAAUGGUACCGGUGGUGCGGCCGUGAAUAGUGUUUAUCGUGUCUAUCAACAUAUGCAAAAAGCCGGUCCGGAACUUCUGAUACCGGCACCUCCGCACAAGGAUCCUCGUGCUCCUGGUUAUGGUGCUCAUCCUAACGACCUGGGGGGACACCAUGACUUUAAUGGUCAGGAUAUUCAUCUCAUCGAGGACAAACAAAAGCUUCAGGCCAAAAUCGAAGAGGAGUAUCAACAGCAGAAGACUCUGGAGAAACCGGAUAUUGGUAGUGAUUCGCGAGUGCAUACAAGUAGUGCGGUUACUUAUUUAGUGCAUCCAGUGAGUGAGGAUACGUAUGAAACAGUGCCUCCAGCGCCAGCGCAGAGAUAUCCAUUGGUCGUUGAAGGAGAGGAUAAGGACCCAAUCACCAGACAGCGAAGGGACAAAGUAAAAGAGAAGUAAAUUCUUCGCCAAUGUACGGAGCAAGUUCAUCACGAACACAGU